AAAAAAUUCAUAUUGUUGACUUGUCGACCCCAUUGAUGAAGUCUUCGGUCUCCACUCUCCUGUCUUUACAACUCAGCUAUUUUAUCUUCUUAAUUCUAUCAUCACUGACACCAGCUGCCUACCUCUCUUCGUGUGUCGACCAUUGAGCCUUUAUCAACCAGCCACCAUGGCUGCCGAUGCCACCAGAUCCAACCCUCACCCUCACAUCUUGGUGUUCCCAUAUCCAGCUCAUGGCCACAUGCUUGCCCUCCUGGACCUCACUCACCAACUAGCUCUCCAUGGCCUAACCAUCACCAUCUUAGUCACCCCUAAAAACCUACCUUUCCUUUCUCCUCUGCUCUCUUCUCACCCUUCUUCCAUUACUUCCCUUGUUUUCCCUUUCCCUUCUCACCCUCUCAUCCCACCAGGUGUUGAACAUGUUAAAGACGUCGGCAACAGUGGGAACCGCCUUAUCAUGGCUGCUUUAGGCAAACUUGAAGACCCUUUGUUCAACUGGUUCAACUCUCAGUCUAAUCCUCCAGUUGCCGUCAUUUCUGAUUUCUUCCUAGGUUGGACUCAACACCUAGCUACCCGCUUGCAAAUACCUAGACUUGCUUUCUUCUCUACACGAGCUUUUCUGGUUUCUGUGUUUGAUUAUAUUUGGAACAAUGUUGAAAAAGUGAAGUCUUUGAGUGAAGUUGAGUUUGGUCAUUUACCUGGUUCACCGGUUUUCAAGCAAGAACAUUUGCCAUCUUUGUUUAAGCUCUACAAAAGAUCAGAUCCUGACUGGGAGUUUGUCAAGGAUGGACUUCUUGCAAAUGCAAAGAGUUGGGGUUAUGUUUUAAAUUCCUUUGAUGCUUUGGAAGGUGAAUAUAUUCAAUGGUUGAAGACACAUGUAGCUCAUGAUCGUGUUUUCAAUGUUGGACCACUAAGUGUGAUAGGCCCCGAUGUCUCGGAUAGGGGCAAUUCGGGUUCGAGUUCUGACCUGAAUGACCAAGUCAUGACUUGGCUCAAUCAAUGCCCCGAUGGUUCUGUUGUUUAUGUUUGCUUUGGGAGUCAAAAGCUGUUGAGAAAAGAACAAAUGGAAGCCUUGGCUAAUGGGCUUGAAAAGAGUGACACACGUUUUAUCUGGGUGGUGAAACCGGGUACAACCCAACAGCAUGUCGAAGGGUUUGGAGUUGUACCCGAUGGGUUCGAGCAACGAACCGCAGGUCAAGGUUUGGUGAUAAAAGGGUGGGCACCUCAGGCCUUGAUACUGAACCACAAGGCAGUGGGUGGAUUCCUGAGUCAUUGUGGGUGGAACUCGGUUUCGGAAGCGAUAGUGGGUGGAGCUAUGAUGUUGGCUUGGCCUAUGGAGGCUGACCAGUUUCUGAACGCCAGGCUUUUGGUGGAUGAUAUAGGAGUGGGUCUGAGGGUGUGUGAGGGUGCCGACUCGGUUCCUAACUCAGAUGAACUAGGCCGAACCAUCUCCGAGGCUAUGACUGAGGGUGGAGGAAUGAAGACCAAGGCGAAAGAUCUGAAAGAGAAGGCUUUUGCAGCAGUGAGUCAUGGGGGAUGCUCCAUGAAUGAUUUGGUUAGAUUUGUGAAAGAAUUGGGUCAACUUGGAAGGUGAUAAAUCCUUCUGGGUUAUCAGACAAGGCUAUCUUUUCUCUGUAAAAUAUAUAUAUAUAUAUAUAUAUAUAUAUAUAUAUAUUGUUUGUCGUAAUAAGAAUCUGCAGUUAAGCAUUCGCAGGUGGACAAAUAACAAAACAACCAUGAAGAACAUAAACAGAAGCAAGUAUGAAAAUAUGAAAGAUGGUGUCAUGUCUUACCUAGAGCAAUUAAAUCAGAAGAGAUGGUGUUUUGUUCAAGUUUCUUGAUGCUUCAUUAUCAUCCAUGUAUGCAUAUAAGUUUCUCCACCUCAAAAGCUUCAAAUUCUUCUUCUAUGCAUUUUUAGUGACAUCAAUAGUUAAUUAGUGUUUACAAA